AUGCAAGAUUUGACAAAGAAUCACAUCUUAGGUGCGACCAUUGCAGAUAUACACGUCAUCGAAUUUCAGAAGAGAGGAUUGCCUCAUAUGCACCUUUUGUUGUUUUUAGCGGAAGAAGACAAAAUAAGAGAUGCAGAGUGCAUCGACUCGCUGGUGUGUGCUGAACUUCCAGAUGCUACUCGACAUCCGGAGCUACACAACAUUGUGAAGUCAUCGAUGAUUCACGGACCCUGCGGUGAACUGAAUAGAAACUCUCCCUGCAUGAGUGAUGGUGUAUGUUCGAAAGGAUUUCCGAAACCGUUUCAGGCAGAAACUAAAGAGAACGUCUAUUUUGCCGAAUCCGAAGAAAGGAAUGCUUUCCAGAGAGCUGCCGAGAAAAAUACCAUGCUCACCGGAUGGUUUGAACUGAACAGGACAGUUCCCGAAGCGAAUGGUUACCUGUAUGCCGAAAUUCCUAAACAUUUCACCUGGAGGAAUCACGCCUGGCAGACACGAGUUAGACUUGGAGAUUACAUCAUUUCAAGAAUGUAUUCUGUUAGCCCGAAAGAUGUUGAGCGUUUCCAUCUGAGGUUGCUGCUGCUGUGUCACGUUAAAGGAGCGAAGAGUUUUGCCGACUUAAGAACUUACGAAGAAGACAGUUUCAGCCUUGCACUGAGAAGUAUAGAAGACCAGUUAGAAGUGCACAAUGUUUCGCUAUGUUCUCUUGGUCUCCCGCAACCAACAUUGACUGAUGCUGUUUCUCUCGAAGUCCCGCAGUUCGAUGUCCAAUAUGAAAACGAACAAGCCGAAGUGUUGAACGGGAUGUUGAAUCCUGAACAGAAAUUAGUUUACGACUCGGUUUUGGAAGCUGUACGAGAUGAGAAUCCUAACACACCGAAGACAUUUUGUGUUAAUGCGUUUGCCGGAGCUGGAAAAACUUUCCUUUUUAGGACGAUCCUUCAUGCUGUUCGAGGAAUGGGCCACGUUGCCAUUCCCGUUGCGUGGACAGGUAUUGCUGCUGUGCUGUUGACCGGUGGAAGAACUGUACACUCUACUUUCAAGUUGCCCGUUCCACUUCUGGAAACUUCUUCGUGCCGUGUGAGACAAGAUAGCGCUGAAGGAAGGUACUUGAAGACUGCGAAACUUUUCAUAUGGGAUGAAUGCACCAUGACGCCUCAUUAUGCUUUGGAAGCUGUCGACAGAUUGCUGAGAGACUUGACCGGACUGGAUGUUCCUUUUGGCGGUAAAACCUUAGUUUUAGGAGGUGACUGGAGACAAACAUUACCUGUUGUCCCACACGGAAACCGAACUUCUGCGAUCGAGAGCUGCCUCAGGAAUUCCUUUUUGUGGCCACAUUUCAAACAAUGCACGCUUUCCACCAAUAUGCGAUUGAAUCCGGAAGAACAAGAAUUUUCAGAAUGGCUUCUGCAGUUGGGAGAUGGUCGUCUUAGAAAUGACAGUGGCUUGGACGAAGACGUUAUCGAAAUUCCAUCUUUGUGUGUGGUCAACAGAUCGAUAGUAGAAGAAAUGUUUGGCUGCGGUAAUGAAUUCGACUUACAAGACUUGGCCAGUUUCAUUUCUGUAUGUGAUUGUCUAGAUUGA